UUUCAGGCCAUGAAGCGAUUGGGUUUGAGCCUCCACCUACUGCCCCUUCUCUUACACCUGAGCACCUCCAGCCCUGCACCUGAAAAGCACCUGGAAGUGCGCCCAGGUGGCUACAGGUUAGACCUGAACCCCUACGCGGGCGAGGCCCUCUUCACAGGUCGCGUCAGGAUAGACAUCGUCCUGUCGGGCUUCUCCGAGGACCAGGGUCCUUCCCAGAUCAAGCUGAACGCCGAUCCUGGGUUGAAUGUCAAGGAGCAGGAUGUGAAGAUCACGAGACUUGCAGAUUUGGAUACGUCCAGUGAGGAGGACGAUUCUUCGAAAGAGGAGGCAUCGUUGACAGUGACCGGAAUCAAACGAGAUAAGGAUGAACUGACUGUUCUUCUCUCUCAGAACCUGCAUCGUCAUCACAUGUAUCAGCUGGACUUGUCUUUCGAUGGAGAGCUUUCAAACGAUCCUUCAAAAACCUUCUACGAAAACUACUAUCUGGAUGCUACAACCAACGAGAAAAGCUGGUUUGUGGUAUUGAACUUGAAACCGGGCAAAGCCAGAACUGUAUUCCCUUGUUUCGACGACCCAAAAUACAAGACGUGGGUGGAGCUUUCUGUGUCUCACAAGAGGGAGCAUCACAUACUAACAUGUAUGGUAAAAACUGACACAUCCAACGUGACCAGUGACGGCUCAGUAGUGAGGGAUCAGUUUAACAGAACUCCUCUGAUGUCUGUCAACUCAUUGGGUCUCCUUGUCUCAGACUUUGUAGCAGUCCGUUCCAGCUACAUGGAGUCUGGAUUAUCAUCUCAAGGUAUUUUUAACCCCAUAGAUGGAGUCUUUGUUGGAAUUUGGGGUAGGCAAGACUUCAUGAGAGCGCUGACAAAGGCUAAGCAGUUCCUGCCGUCUGUGAUCGUCUCUCUAGAGAUCUUCCUGUCCAGACCGUAUCCUCUGCCAAUACACAUGGUGGCGCUCCCUAACUACACCUCAGACAACUAUAUCAAUGCUUGGGGACUGCAAAUGUUCAAGGAAAGUGAUCUGAUGAACGGAAACAGCUACUGGCUGUCUCAUAGGCUGGCCAAGGCAGCCGCCACACAGUGGCUGUUACACUUGGCUACUCCACAGAACUCAACAGCUGUUCCCAUGUCUGUGGCAAGCUUUCUGGCUUCCAUUGUCGCUAAACAGAACGGCGUACCCCUUGGACUAGACCAGGUGGACCCCGAGGGAGUAUCGGUCUACGACUGGCAUGUCACCAAAUACCACAGUCUCUUCCUUGAGUUAUCCAAGCCUCAUUCCUACACCAAGGAGCUCAUCAAGAGCCAGAUGGCCGUUCUCAAAGGUCAACUAUUCCUGCAUAUGCUUGAGUACACACUUACAAUGCCAACUCUGAAGCUUGGAAUUCAGAACUUCUUGGCGAAUAGAGAGUUCAAAACCUACACAGACGACGAUUUCUGGUCAGCCAUUACUGAACAGGCUCACAUUGACAACACCCUGCCCAAGGAGUAUGCAAUCAGCAGCAUUGCCGAGUCGUGGCUCAAGCAAGAGAGAAUCCCAUUGGUCACCGUGACCCGCAAUUACAAGGAUGAUACUAUCUCUUUCACUCAGGAACCCUUCGUAAACAGCCUGGAAACCCGUCUAGGCAUGUCAAAGGUGGUCAAAAAGCAGUCAGCUCCUGAUGAGUUCUGGUGGAUCCCGAUUGUGAUGGUCAUCCAGCCGAAUGAUUUCUAUUUCAAUUGGACGACUGUGAUGCCAUCUCUGUGGCUGAAACCGAACCACAAUUCCACCUCACAUCAACUCGACAAGAAGCAGGACGUCAAGGAGAAGUACAUUGUUGUCAACCCGGCAAAUGUUGGUCUGUUCCUAGUGGAACUACGAUCUGGACACUGGAUGCUGACAGCGCGCAUCGACGAGAUGCCGGAGACAGUGCGAGCUCAGCUGUUGCACGACGCGAUCAGCCUCGCUUUGGCCGGCAAGCUGGACAUGAUCACCAUGCUGAAUGUGACCACUUUCCUCAAGCGGGAGCAGGCACCUCUGGUCUGGAAGACAUUCUUCCCUCUGGGUGAUAGGCUCAGGAAGAUGCUCGUCGGCACUAGUGCACAGAAGAUGUUCGAGGUAAUGUGAUUCUCAUUAUUUUCUCCA